AUGGAUCUGUUGCCACACAACACCCUUGUCCUCACAGUCUACAUUUUUGCAUUCCUGACUGGCCUCCCUUCCAACCUUCUGGCGAUGUACACAUUCCUGCUGAAAGUCCGCCAAAAGCCGACCCCCAUCGACAUCCUCUUGCUCAACCUGACGAUUUCAGACAUUAUCCUCCUGCUUUUCCUGCCUUUCAAGAUGGUGGAGGCUGCCUCAGGCAUGUCUUGGUUGCUCCCUGACUUCCUCUGCCCUCUCACUGGCUUCUGCUACUACAGUAGCAUCUACAUCAGCACCCUGUUCCUGACCGGAGUCAGUGUGGAGCGCUACUUGGGGGUGGCUUAUCCCAUCAAAUACAAGCUGAACCGCAGGCCCAGCUAUGCAGUGGUGGCCAGUGUCUUCUUCUGGCUCCUGGCCUGUUCCCACUGCAGCAUCGUCUACAUCGUCCAAUACCGGGUGGUCGGCGUCAACCAGACCGACUCCACUCCUUCCAACAUCUCCAAAUGUUACGAGAAGUUUUCCCCCAGCCAGCUCCAGAUCCUCCUCCCCGUCCGACUGGAGAUCUGCGUCUGUCUCUUCUGUCUCCCAUUCCUCAUCACCCUCUUCUGCUAUGUCAACUUGAUCCGCAUCCUGUCCUCGUUGCCCAACAUCCAGACCCGCAGGAAGCAACGGGCUGUGGGUCUGGCUGUGGCCACUUUGCUCAAUUUUGCCAUCUGUUUUGCACCGUACAACAUUUCUCACAUUGUCGGCUUCAUCCAGAACGACAGCCCGCCUUGGAGAGUGUACGCUUUGCUCCUGAGCACCCUCAACGCCUCUUUGGACCCAGCUAUCUUCUACUUUUCUUCCACUGCCAUCCAGCAGACUUUUGCCAAAUGCUUUGCCAACGUGGGCCGCAAAAUCCAGGCCUUCAUGCCACGGUGUUACUGGCUGUGCUUGACCUGUUGUGAAACUGAGGGAGACAACACCACCGGAAUUGACAAAUCAUCCAUCUCGAAUAUGAGGGAGCUGACGAUCGAAAGGACAGGCAUGAGGAGGUAGCAUUUCUGGAGACAUUCAUAGGUUGUGCAUAAGAACUUU